CCUACCCAAGCAUUUCGGGAGUUGCAGGCAGACUGAAUUUUGCCCUCAUAUAUUGCGCAUCGUACUCCCAGCUGCCGGGUCCGAGUUCUUCUUUCCUCGCCAGACUGCCUAGAGUAGUCGUGACUUCCAACAUAGCUGACCGAAAGGGGCUAUAUUUUCUGGGUUUCAAAACGAACCUUGACAUUCUUUAUCAUCUUCUAUUUGGCUUCAACACGGGUUCCAUCUGUCCUCUCGACUGACUUGUAGAAUUGUCGUUGAGGGGAGACAUUCGUGGUCAUGGCCAACUCGAAACCCAUUUUCUGUGCUACGCACCCACGUGCUUGCAGCACAGCAUUUGAACGUGUUCGGUCCACGGGCCAUUUUCAAGUUUCUCUAUGCUGACAAAGCACAAGGUCUUCAUGACAAGAAAGGAUCUCGCCUGCGUCCACGAGCCGUUUGGUGAUGCCUUCUACUAUGGUCCGGAGAGGAUGAGUGUGCGGUAUGAGAACGAUGGAGAGGCAAGGAAAGCCACUGGCUUCACCGACUCGACGUACAAGACAAUUUUCGAUCGUCUCGAGAGGGAGGGAUCCGAGGGCAAACGUGUUUUCAUCAAGGAUAUCACGUAUUACCUAGUUCCACCUGAGCAGCAACCGGCAAGAAUUGCGCCAUCUCUAAUGCCCAAGAGACGAGGAAUUGGCACCAAUGGCGUCACCAACGGAGUGAAUGGUCAUGCCAACGGCGAAAAGGCACCCUUUCCAUAUCCGACCGACGGCGAACCAGGGAAUCCCACCAUUGUGCCCAGAGCACUUUUGGAGCAGUUCCAUUUUACUUUCUUGAUCCGGGACCCUCACUCCAGCAUUCCAUCCUAUUACCGGUGCUGCAUUCCGCCCUUGGAUAAGAUGACCGGCUUCUAUGACUUCUAUCCCAAUGAAGCAGGAUACGAUGAACUUCGUCGCUUCUUCGAUUAUGCCAAGGACAGCGGAUUGGUCGGGAGCAAGCUCACUGGACAUGCGAAUGGUGUCGCCAACGGAGUCGCCAAUGGCCAUGCCGACAAGCCAGAGAUAUGCAUGAUCGAUGCCGACGACCUUCUCGAUGAUCCAGAAGGCAUUCUCCGGGCAUACUGCAACAGUGUCGGACUCAAAUUUGACCUGGGUAUGCUAAAUUGGGAUAACGAAGAGGACCAGGAACGAGCAAAAGCAGCCUUUGAGAAAUGGAAAGGAUUUCAUGAGGAUGCGAUUGACUCCAAAGAUCUGAAACCGAGAGCUCAUAAGAAAGCUAAAAAGACGGAAGCCCAAUGGGAUGCUGAAUGGAAAGAGAAGUAUGGUGAAGAAGCUGCCAAAGUGAUCCGGGACACCGUGGAUGAGAACAUGGCCGACUAUCUCUACCUGAAGCAAUUCGUCCUAAAGGCAUGAUGAUCAAUCGAAAGGAACAUUUGGGAGGAGAACAAGAAUGCCAGAUAUUAUUCGUUAUUCGUAAAUGAUUAGUUUAGCAAAAACAAUGAUUUCAGUUCCGAC